GGGGAAAAAAAAAAAAAAGGUGAAUGGAGGGAUGGUCGUGGAGGGAGUGUCCACACUCCUUCUCUUUCAUUGCUGAUGUUGUGACGCUUACUAAAAUUAAAUGAGCUGUUGUUGACUUUCUCUUCAUCCGUCUAACUUCCUUUCCACCCAGUGAUCUACUUUCAGUCUCUCUCGCUCGCUCACCCUCCUCCCUCUGUCUCCUCUCUCUCUCUCUCUCUCUCUCUCUCUCUCUCUCGGCAUUCAUUCAGCAGCUCAAACAGCGUCACAGACACACGCCCGCACACACACACAGACACACACACAGAGACACACACAAACCUGCCAGUGACUCUGAGACAGUGAAUAUUAGCUUUCUGACCAGCAGCUGUUUCUGGUUGCCCGUCUCGUCCUCUUUGUGUGUUUUCAAGCAAAGGGAUAGGAGGACAACGUGUGAUCCCUGUGCUGUUCAUUUUUCUUGGAGGAAGGAUUCGAACGCGCUGCUCGUCUUCUCCAGCUCAGCCUUCCUCUCCUCACAUUUCCUCUUUUUUUUUUUUUUUUUUUCUUUAUAAUACUGCUCUCUCCCUCUCCCUCCUUCCUUCCAUUUCCCUCUCACUGUCAUUCUCUCAGCUCUUCGUUCUAAUUUUGGAAGCAUGGAACCUCGGGGAACGCUCUCCCAAAGCUAUUUACGUCCUUGCCUCUCCUCCUCCUCCUCCUCCUCCUCCUCCUCUUCCUCCUCCUCCUCUCCUCUCCUCUCCCUCUCGUCGGCCAGGAGGAGAACAGCAUGAGGAUCCUUUGAUGCACCAAGAGCAGGGGAAUUCGGCUUCUCCUCAUCUCUGUAUUUUUGUUGUGCUGUGAGCUGUGGGAAGCAGCGAAGAGGCUGCAGCGGCUCCCGCUCUUGAACCGAUCCCUUCCAUCACAUCUCAGCUUAUGGAAACGCACAAUUUUUCCUGGCGAGCAACCAGAUUUCAUUGAUUCCCUCCCGGGUCCUGGUCUCAUAGUUGGCGGUCGGUAAAGGAUUUCCACGCACCAGCAGAGGAAACAAACUUUUUUUUCUUCCAUCUGCAGCGGCGACUGGUACAACCUUAAACAUACCAGCCACUGUCACUGUCUCAGGAGCUGGCAAAGUGUUUUGCAUGGAUUGGGACUCCAGGUGAUGUAGACAAUAUUAACUGAUCAGGAAGUCAUAUUUCAGGUCAUCACUGUGGAAAACCUGCACUUCGUACAUUUCAUCUUCCAGUUUUGAUCCAUUCCUCAAACCUUGCAGAAGAGGCUGAUUUCUGAAACCUGUAGCUGAGGCUGCAACAUUAGAAAAGAGGAUGCUGUCUCAGUGACAGUAACUGGUCAUCACAGCAAAACACUGAAGAGCCAGAAAAAAUCUAACUGAAGACCGGAGCCUGACCCGGCUAGACUUCACAAUACAAACUCAAAGCAGGAUUUUUUUUUUGACGGAAUUCAUGGUAAUUUUUCUAUCAAUUUUACAAUAAAGGAAGUUUUCAAUUUAACCAGUGAUUCAUUUUUUUGAAAGCACACUUCAAUGUUUGUUCCUUCGUCCGUCCUUGACAACUUAAACUAAGCCAUGACGGUGUCUAAUAAGAGGAACUGACUGUUUUUUUUUGUGACAAAAGAGAACGCUGCCUCUUGUCUUGGCAUGCUGUUGCGUCCCACAGUGUCAGGAUUGUGCGCCAUGUUGCAGACCAUCUAUGAGACUGAGUCCUGUUUUUCCUCUGCUAGCACAGACAGCCACCACCAGCCUCUGGAGCUCCUGAGUGGCAACAGGGGCUCCAGCACUGCCAUGCCCACCACUGUAGUGGAGGUGAAGAGCAGCUUCCCAUCGGGCAUGCAGAGCCCAGUAGGAGCAGCGAGCGAGCACAGAGGAGGAGGAGGUGGAGAAGGUGGUGGGGGUCCAGGAGAAGGCCCAGGAGGAGGAGGUGGAGGAGGAAGCCCUGUGGACCUGCGGACAGAACCCAGGGUGGGGUCUCUGUCUGGGGGUGCGGCGGCGGUGGACACGACCCUGAGAGAGCAGCAGCUCCAGCAGGAACUGGUGCUUCUCAAACAGCAGCAGGAGCUCCAGAAACAGCUGCUGUUUGCAGAGUUCCAGAAAAAACACGAAGUGCUAACAAGACAACAUGAAGUCCAGCUGCAGGAGCACCUGAAGCAACAACAGGAGCUGCUGGCAGCAAAGCGGCAGCAGGAGCUAGAACAGAAGAGGAAACUGGAGCAACAAAGACAUGAAGAGCAGGAGAAACAGAGGCUGGAGCAACAACUGCUGCUGCUGAGGAACAAGGAGAAAGGCAAAGAGAGUGCCAUUGCCAGUACUGAGGUUAAGCUGAAGCUCCAGGAGUUCCUUCUCAGUAAGAAAGAGCCAGGUCCUGGUGGACUGAACCAUUCCUUCUCCCCAAAGUGCUGGGGAGCCCAGCACACCUCUCUGGAGCAGAGCUCUCCUCCGCAGAGUAACACACCAGGAACUCCUCCCUCCUACAAACUGCCCCCACUGCUGGGGAACUAUGAGAGCAAAGAUGAUUUCCCACUCCGCAAGACAGUCUCCGAACCUAACCUGAAGGUGCGUUCGCGGUUGAAGCAGAAGGUGGCAGAGAGGCGGAGCUCUCCGCUUCUCCGCAGGAAGGAUGGAACUGUCAUCAGCACCUUUAAAAAGAGAGCCAUAGAGAUAUCAGUCUCCUCUCUCUGUAAUAGCGCUCCAGGUUCAGGUCCCAGCAGUCCCAACAGUUCCAAUACAGCCAUCGCCAAUGGCAACACAGGAUCUGUCCCUAACAUACAGACUGAGCUGAGAUCUCUCCAUCAAACGCUGGGGGCUGAUGGGACAUUGAGUCCUCUGAGUCUCUACACCUCGCCCUCGCUGCCAAAUAUUUCCCUGGGGCUCCCUGCGAACACACACAUCACGGCCCCCCAGAAGCUGUCUACCCAGCAGGAGGCCGAGCGUCAAGCCAUCCAAUCAUUGCGAGGCGGCGGAGCUCUGACGGGGAAGUUUCUCUCCACAUCAUCCCUACCUGCAGACGAGACGACCAGCUCUCACUCUGCCCAUUCCUCGUUACUGCAACAUGUACUACUACUGGAGCAGGCCAGACAACAGACGGCUAUGCUAGCUGUCCCCAUGUACAGCCAGUCGCCAUUGGUUACAGCAGAGAGAGGCGUGUCCAGUGGCAUGCGGGCAGUCAACAAGCUGCCUCGCCAUCGCCCACUGGCUCGUACCCAGAGUGCACCUUUGCCCCAGUCCCCCCAGGCCCUUCAGCAGCUGGUGGUUCAACAGCAACACCAGCACUUCCUGGAAAAACACUACAAGAUGCUAUCGAAGGGGACUGAUCUUCCAAGGCCACCACCCACCCACCCAGAGGAGACAGAGGAGGAGCUAACAGAGACCAAUGACAUGCAGGAAGAUGACGGAGGGGCGGGCCCUCACAGACUUCAGAAGGAGGGGUCAGAUGACAGCACACCCCCCUCUGAGCGACUUGGUGUGUACUUAAAGGGUGAGGAUGAGCGUGGGGGCAUGCACGUGAAAGGGGAGAGUACCGAGAGUGAGCUGGACGAAGAGGAAGAGGAUGAAGAAGUCAUCCAGCUGAGGGAGGGCGACGAAGAGGAGAGGGGGAGCUACUCGCAGCCCUUGCAGCAGUUGGGUGUAUUCCACUCCUCCCUGCCCCACAGACCUCUGGGAAGAGCGCAGUCCUCCCCUGCAACCACGGUCAAUCCCAUCAAACACCUCUUUACUACUGGGCUUGUGUAUGACAGUCUGAUGUUGAAGCAUCAGUGUGUGUGUGGCAACGCUCACAUCCACCCAGAGCAUGCUGGGAGAGUGCAGAGCAUCUGGUCCAGACUGCAGGAGACGGGCCUGCUGGGCCGCUGCGAGAGGAUUCGUGGGCGUAAAGCGUCUCUGGAUGAGAUCCAGUCUGUUCAUUCAGAGUUUCACACUCUGCUCUAUGGAACCAGUCCGCUCAAUCGACACAAACUGGACCACAAGAAACUGCUGGGUCCAAUCAGCCAGAAGAUGUACGCCGUUCUUCCCUGUGGAGGAAUAGGGGUGGACAGUGACACAGUGUGGAAUGAAAUGCACUCAUCAGCGGCGGUUCGCAUGGCGGUUGGCUCGGUCAUUGAGCUGGCCUUCAGAGUGGCGGCAGGGGAGCUGAAGAACGGCUUCGCGGUGGUGCGUCCACCAGGUCACCACGCUGAGGAAUCCACUGCCAUGGGCUUUUGUUUCUUCAAUUCAGUAGCCAUCACUGCAAAGCUGCUGCAACAGAAACUGGGAGUGGGCAAGAUCCUCAUUGUGGAUUGGGACAUUCACCAUGGCAACGGGACCCAGCAGGCCUUUUACAGUGACCCCAACGUCCUCUACAUCUCUCUCCAUCGGUACGAUAAUGGAAACUUCUUUCCUGGCAGUGGAGCUCCUGAAGAGGUGGGAUCAGGUGCCGGUGUUGGUUUUAAUGUGAACAUAGCUUGGACCGGAGGAGUGGAGCCCCCUAUGGGUGAUGUGGAGUACCUUACUGCCUUUAGGAGCGUGGUGAUGCCCAUCGCCCAGCAGUUCAGCCCAGAUGUGGUCCUGGUGUCUGCAGGCUUUGAUGCAGUUGAGGGUCAUCAGUCUCCUCUGGGAGGCUACAAUGUCUCUGCCAAGUGCUUUGGUCAGCUAACGCAGCUGCUGAUGGGACUGGCAGGUGGGCGGGUUGUUAUGGCGCUGGAGGGCGGUCAUGACCUCACCGCCAUCUGUGACGCAUCAGAGGCCUGUGUCUCUGCGCUUCUAGGAGACGCGUGUGACUCUGUAUUUCAGUGGCCUCAGGAGAAGCCAUGUCCAAAAGCCUGCGCCUCACUGGAGAGAGUAAUAGAGAUCCAGAGUAAACACUGGUCUUGUCUCCAGAGUUUGUCUCAGACAAGCGGCCACUCGUUAUUGGAUUGCCCCCUUGGUGCUAAGGGCCAAUCAGAGAAGGACGAGGCAGACACAGUCAGCGCCAUGGCCUCCCUGAGUGUUGAUGUUGAGCAGCCGGGCUCUGUUCCUGACAACUCAGAAACCAGCAGGUCCACAGAGGAGCCAAUGGAAGAAGAGCCUGUAUUGUAGGAGGAACUUAAACAAGAAGCACACAAAAAACUCCACAUUCACCUCCUUCUAGCACCUCCUCUUCCUCUUCCUUUUCUUCUUCCUCCAUGGAGUUGGUGUCGGUGCACGCACACAAGGCGGACCUGUGCCGUUGAGGAGAGCUCCGAUUUGCCUGAGGAGAACAUUAUCGAGGCAGGAGAAGGACAGGCUGUGAAAAACUUUUGACACGUCUAUUUUCUAGUGGUUCAUCAGCCCGAGGAGGAGCAGACGACUUGUUAGCAUCUCCAUGGAAACCAGAGGAGGGGAGCGUCAGCAAGGAUACACCUCUUGUAACCUAUAUACUGUAUACCACCUGUACACAGCACCACUGAAUUACUCCCCUCCACCCUUCAAUCAUUCUUUUGUCUUUUUAUUUCAUCCCAACUCCUCUGUUUCCAGCGAGGGACGAUGACUUUGGAAAACCUGCAUCUGAAUCCCAACAAAAUGUCAGACUCCCAAGCGGACGACUUGUCUUCUUGCGAGUCUGUCGGUGCGCCGGAGAGACGGGCUCAGCGAACAAGGGGGUGGAGGAGGAAUAACCAAUUUUUAAAUGAGCAAAGGAGGAGGAGGAACUAGGUGCCUUUUUAUGUCCACAAAAACAAAACCAUCAAACCAGAAACCACAGAACACCAUCGCCGCAGCACCUCAGCAGCACCUCAGCAAAACCAACCAGCCAAUCAGGACUGAAGAAACACACACACACACACACACACACACACACACACACACACACACACACACACACACACACACACACACACACACACACACACAAAUACUGCUGUUGUUUCAGUCUGUCAGUUCAUUUUUGGGUCUUUGUUUCUUCAUCUGGAUGCCUUAAUUUGUUCUUAUCUCACUAUUUAGCAACCUUGAGAGAGACAGGGAGAGAGAAUCAUGAGAGUUGAUAUAAUUAUUAUUCAGAAAUGUAUUAAAUCUGUAUUCUCUUUCAAACCUGACAACAUUCAUGUCAGGUAUUCCCAACGGACUUUGAUUUUUUUUUUUGAGGGAAGAAAAGCCUCCAAAGCCAUCAUUACACACUAGAAAUAUCCAGUAAAAAUCUCAAUUGAAUAUUAAUAGUAAUAUCAAUAAUAAUAUUCAAUCAGACUUUUAUGGAAUCUGGUGAACGUGUCUCAGGAUAAGCUCUGUUUCAGCAGUAUUCAACAUUUUACACAUGUAAUUAAUUGAACUGUAUCACCUCGCUGUCAGCACUCUCUCUCUCUUUCACUCGUUUUAGUUGAGAGUCAUGUGACCAGAGCCCCGCCCCCUUCCUCUGUACAGGGAAUUGUGGCACGUUUUUGAAACACCACAAUGACCACCACGUCCCUUUUUUUUUUUUUUUUUUUUAAAUUGUAAUAUUACCUGUUUGGUGUAAAUACUGUCCUGUCCUGUUGCCCACGGUUACAUCACAGCAGACUCAUUGUGGUCACUUUUCUAUAUCUGUACAUACAUAUAUGUAUAAAUUACAAAAUACUUUCUCUUUUUGUAUAAAAAAGCAAAAAUAAUAUUAUAUAUAUACAUAUAUACACACACAGACACACACAGACACACACAUAUAUUUCAUAUUACAUACAUACUGUAUACAUACAUAUUACAUACACACACACCUAUAUAUAUUUAUGUAAACAGUGAUUUAUCCAAUCAGAUUGGAUUUAUGAAUAUAUUCUAUUUGGAGAGUUGAUGUUUUAAAGGUUUAGCUGUUUGACAGGAAGGAAGCACUGAUGUCAUUGGGCCGCCACCUGUUUGUUUUACAGAUGUUGAGGAUGGCUGGAUGUUGUUGUUGUGGUGGUGGUGGUUGUUGUUGUUGCAGUUGUGGGAGGUGAAUAGCGAACUCCAGUUCCUCGGGCAGGACCAGGCCAUGCUGCCCUCCUCAAGCAAACAGCGCAGGGGUCAUUAUGGUCAAAGGUCAUGACUGAGUAAAUAGGUUGGUCCAGUGAUGGUGCAUUUUUGUAGUCCAACAGGGAGUAAGCUCGCCCCUCCAUGGCUUAUGAUAUUCAUUAGCCCUAAACAUUGUACCACAUAUCACGGUUCUGGAUUGCUAGCUCCUGUAACUCGAGACACUUUAGUCACUGAGCAGCUAAUAGAACUUGAGAACAAGAAUGUUUAAAAUGUGAACUCAUUGGAUGGUCGUCAGUAUAAGAUGGGAAGGCAACUCCUCCAUUAAACUCAAUACAACCAUGUAAAAUCAAAGAUGGAGCAGGAAGUCACAGGGUGCUCAGAAUGCAACCAGCGGCCUCAAGGUCCAUGAAGGUCCAGGAAACUGCACAAAGCUAACAUUAGCUAACCCUUGAUGAUGAUGGUUAUUAAUUCAAAGCAGCUGUGAUUGAUAUUUUUACAGCAACAAUGCAUCAAAUAACAAUUUUAAAGAAUACGACAACCUGAAGAGGGUUGCUCACAGUGCUGAAUCUGCAGUUAGCCAUUAGUGCUAGUGGAGCAUUUAGCAGCCAAAGAGGAGGGACCAAAAACAAAUCUGAAAGCGAGUGAAUAUUUGACAUGCACUCAUCAUGUUGCUCCUUAACAGCCAUAUGUGUAAAUAAGCAGCUGUUUGUUAACAAGUUCGGCAGAUCAACUUAAAAGGUGAUAUGUUAUGAUAUAUUAUGUACAUUGAGGCUAUCUUUAAACACAGCAGCAGCAGUGAGUUGGAUUAGAAAAAAGUUAACACUGCUUUUUAUUCAGCAUAUACCACUCAUUCAUCAUUUAGCUGACUCGAAUUAAAAGGAAUAGCUGUUUAAAGAAUUGAUUGAUCAUAAACGCGAUCAUGUUGAUAAAGAUAGCCCUUAGUUAACAAACUAAUAUCAAACUAGGUUAUUGAUCAUCUUCUCCCAAUAAAAAUUGAAUGGGCUCAGAUAUGCACGACUGUACGAAUGAGGAAAUGUAGAGGCAGGAGGGGAGGAGACAAAGGGAAACUCAGGGUUUGUUGAAAAAAACCUUCCAGCAAGCGGGUCAGUUCAGAGUAAGUUGCCACGGUAACUGACUGGUAUCUGGAAUACAGAUACCAGAAAGCGUUCCUAUGGAAAGCAAACAAAAUAAUAAGUCUUGGCUUUUUUCAUCACAGGGGGCAACAAAAUUUAGCUUUACUGGCCUCUUAACACUAAGGAGACACAUACAAGCAAGCUUGUUUGAAAAACCCCUUGUAUAAGCACAACACACAACAAGAAUCUAUGUGAUUAUGUGUAAAAUGCAAAACAAAGAACUGACUGCGGUGUUUCUCUUUAAUGGAGAAGUUGCUGAGAAGAUUGCCCUCCAUCCGAUGAGUUCAAAGUUUCAGCGCUCUUGCUAUAACAGAUCAUCACAGUAUGCUGUUCCUGGAUCAGGGCUGAUGAAGCACUCUGUGACUGAAAUAUCUGAGUUAGGAAAGAUGGCAAUACUGGACUGCAUAAUUGUUUUAUAUGUAAUAAUCCUCACACCAGCAUUGCUUACACGAGGUCAAAAAAAUAAAUCAGUAUUAAUCAUAAGUUAACAAUAGGUUACCCUUUGAAAAAAAUUGCUCUGGUGCCACUAACAUAAACGUUAAUGCUACACCCAACAAUUUAAACAAAACACAUUUUGAAAAGCUAUAGCUCAGUAGGUAAAAUUGGGACAAUUAAAACAGAAAAUGGACUUUUCUAACAAAUGUCUGAAUUCCCUUACAAAACUCUUCAGUUAAACUAUCUUUAUUAGAACCUGGAAGAGUUUUAAAUGGUUUGUUGAAUCUCACAAAAAUAUUUAAACUUUGUACCAUGGCUCUAACAUGCUAAUGACAGUGGGUUAGCAUUUUAUAUAGAAGGCACUGCUAACUUUUCAGUGGGUUUUGAGUGCCACCUCCAACCUCCAGCUUCCUUCUUCAGAGCAUUUAGCUUUUAUUUUAUUUUAUUUUAUUUUAUUUUUUUGGUGGGCUACCUUAAAGCACAGUUUUUCACUUUUCACAAUCUGACGAAUUGCAUCAGAGACUGGAGGUAUAAGCAGGUUCUCUGCUCACUGAAGAUACCCAGUGGACACAAAGCCUCAGAAGAAGUGGACCACUCUUAAUUAUCCACAUCUACGGAAACACUACUGUGUGACGUCAGUAAGCUAUCUCUACCGGACACAAUCUUCAACCUCACUAAGCACCCAUUUCCGAGGACCCCCUGCGGUGUAGCAGGUGUUGUAGCUGACACUGCUACCUCUGGGUCUCAUCUGUUCAAAGCAAUACAACAAUGACAGGAUGACAGCAACAGACAGGGAGAAAGAGAGACUACAACAUGCGGCUUCAUCGUUGCCAUAGCAACACAGCAGACAGCAUCACAACCUAAAUCAUCCAUGGAGCUCUUUAGCUUUUAAACAUGUGAUUGAGUGCUGCUUGAGUGUAAUAUUGAUUGAUUGAUUGAUUGAUUGAUUGAUUGAUUGAUUGAUUGAUUGAUUGAUUGAUUGAUUGAUUGAUUGAUUGAUUGGGCUGUGUUUCCAAAUGGUUCAGUGUAGUCUUUUUGUACUUUCAUAAACACUAAGGCCAGUUUGUCCAUUAAACCUGCAGCAGGGUUACAGACAACGGGUUGGUAAGAGAGAGGUCUAAGACAGGAUGAAAAUUAGCCAUCAGACAUGGGAGCAUUGAAGGGCGUUGACAGCUGAGUUCAAAACAAACAGCUGGUGGUGGGACGAGCAAGCAGCAACUACCGCAGCUGUCAAGCCUGUCAAUUAAGCAUUUAAUGUCCAACUUAAAAAUGCCUUAAUAUUUCCCCAACAAUUUAUAUUUUAAUCACCACCACGAAGUAAUGAAUUUAGUUGUAUUUUGAAAAAUUAGGAUUUUCUAUGUUACUUGGGCACCAUCUAGUGGCCAUUAGAGAAAGUGCGAAUUCAAGGGUGAAUUCUUGUUUAUUAAGCUGUUACAGCUUCCCAGUUCAAAUUAGACACCAUACUCACCACAGCUGUGCACAGCUUUUGUAUGCAAAGAGGGAUAAUGGUUGAUAUUUUGUUGGCACUCCUUAGAUUUGUAGCUUUUCUGAGUUUAAAGAGAAGCGACAUCUACUUACGACCUUUUGAAUUUUUGUGAAAGUAUUUUUUGUGUAUUUUCUAAAUAUUACUGAAAUGUUGAGGUGAGGAAAAGAUAGUCGACAAGGUUCAAUAGAAACAGAUUUAGUGAAUAAAUCACGAUAUACAUGAAUGUGACUCAGUCGUCCAAAACUAGUGGCAGACUAAAAACAUCAGGUCUGUGUGAAGCGAUGAGGAGUAACCUUCCUCACCUAUCACAUUUUCCUUUCAUUAGUUUGAGCUUUGUAUAGUGCUGCUUUAGUAACAUAAUUUCAUUAUGCCUUUGUCCACAAUGUUUUACUGGCAUCCUACUGGAGAAUAAGUGCCACCAGAUGUUAAUAUCAAACAGUAGCGGACUGAUGAAUGUGCAUUAACUGAUAUUAUCUGAAAUUAUCCAGUAUUUCACAAUAAGAAGCAAAGAUUAAAGAGAAGUUAGAAAAAAUACUUACUGUUUUGCAGAUUUUUAUUUUGCUAAAUUCUUAUCAUCUUUCCUAUCAUUGCCAACACUUAGAUUGACCUUGUGACCUCUUGGGUAAAGCUGAGUCACCAAUCAGGCAAAGUGAGACACUGCCCCAGUCCCUUAGGCUUUUAGAUUCACAUUGUCUCAUAAAAAUCAGUCUCCUGGAAUUUUAAGUGAUACGUACAAUUAUCAAAAUAAAUGGAAAAUAUAGUAAAAUGAGUAUUUCAAUUUAGUUACAAUUAUAUUGGAACCAGAUUUAAAUCACAACUGAAAUAAUGAAAUAAAGGUAAUUUGAGUGGCAGAAAGUGGCUUCAGAUAAUAUUACAGCAACAACAAUCACAAAAACUAUUAAAGGGUUUUACUGCACACAAAGUAUCAACCAUACAGCCAAUACUUUACGGUCAAAGAACAGAACAAACACAAGACACAAAUGGUAAAUCCUUGUUAGAUUGAUGACUUCAUGCACUGUCCAGGUGUGUGGAGGUGAGAACGUAGUUAAGAUCUGAAUUUUUUCUGAGCGCCUUCAAGUACUUUUGUCACUUUUCAUGUGCACAACCAAGUGCAACACGAUAAAUGCCUUUGAGGAAAGUUUGUCCAGAAGUGUGUACCCAUCUGAACGAUGAGUUACUUAUAAACCUUCUGCUGUGCUCAACAACAUGUGGUAGGAAUUAGUUCAUUUCAAACAUACCAAAACCUUUCAGAGUAGUGAUUUUGCUGUUUUCUGAGAUUUCUGCAUUAUUUUGGUGAGUGCUACAAAAACAAGACUCAACCUGUGACAAAUCAGAACGAUCCUUUGAGUCGUGGUGGUUGCUGCUUGGUCUUGUACUGCUACCAGAGGAUGCAUGUAAGCACAGAUUGUGGACUGAAGCUUUAAGAGGCUGUUUCAGUGCCCAGUCGGUUUGUUCUGACACAAAGUUCAGAGGGGUCAUCAUGGGCCAUGUGGGCUCUGGUCCUGAGUCCUACUGAAAGGAGGGGACACCUAGAAAACCAUCUGCACCACUGGAGUCUCCAUGUACAUUUCAAACUCUAACCAUACAAUAUGAAUAGUGUUGACACAGUCUGAUGGUUCGUGUUGUCAGGGCACCUCCCCAGUCCAGAGACUACACAGCUUUACUGUUGCUACCACCCACACUAAGGUGAAACGCACAUUUUCACACACUCUCAGACUAUUUUGCUACAUGAGUUAAUACUGUAUAUUUCUUGAUAUGUUUGAUACUGUGGUGUAACUGUAGUGUCCUGCUGUGAUUGGUUAUGGGGGGUCGGGGUGGUUAUUUUUGGACUCUUGAGUGGGACAGAGGAGGUUCAGUAUCAGUGCGAUCGUCACCUUCUCUCUGUUUUACCUCCCUCCGUUCUCGAGGGGAGACCUUUCUCUCGUCCAGAUUGCGACUGAACAAUUUGAAAACGCAGAUUUUUGUUGGAACUGAUCACAAGCACAUUCCUGAUUAUUCUCUGUCCGUGCUGUCGUUUUAUCCAGAUUCUUUCCUGUUGCGACAAGACAACAUGUGUUUAAUUCUUUCUGACUCACAUGUAUAUAAAAGUGCAUAUAUGUGUACACAUGUGCAAUACACGCUAUUCGAGCAAUCUAUUACUGUGACUAUUAUUGAUGAUUAUACUUGUCCCUUUUUCGAACCUUUCAGUCCAUUUUGUUUUCUUCUUGUCCUGAUUUCCUGUUGAUGAAUUGUGUUGCAAGACCUUAAAAAGGGAAGGUGACUCUUGUGAUUCUUCACACUCAGUUUCAUUUCAGGGUUUGUGGACAUUUUAUUGAAGCCCUUUUUUAUUAGUCUCACUGUAAUGUUGUGACGUUGAUCCUAAUGAUCUGUUUCUUUGUUGUUGUUUUUUUUAAGUGGGCCUGUUGUUAAACUUUGUCUGGAAACUCAAUAAAGCAAUUCACUGAC